AAUACUAUCCUGUUAGCCAAAAGUUUUGUCAUCAACCAUGGCAAGUUCAAAAUCGAGCAAGUCACAAUGUGGACUUACAACAAUUGUAGUAAAUACCUCGCAGCUUGCAAAAAAAGUUCAGUUGAUAACAGACAAUACCGAAAUUCAGAAUUUGGACAGGCAAGGCGAAGCAAUCAUAGUUAUACCGCCAGAUGGAAUGUGGGGUUGGGUCAUAGUGGCUGCUUCGUUCAUCAUAAACUUUGUCAAUGAUGGAAUGGUGUACACCUUUGCUCUAUUUUUAAGCGACGUUUCUUUGUCAUUGCGUUGCAGUACCACGAAAGUUGCUCUCGCAAAUUCGAUUUUGACAGGAACGUAUUUUCUCUCAGGUCCGUUAGUCGGUGUAUUUAUAAAUACGAUUGGAUACCGAAAAGUCGCAGUGAUUGGUGGCAUAGUUACGAGCCUAUCAUUAAUGUUAUCUUCAAAUUGUGAAGAAUUGGGAUGUUUUAUUCUCUGGUAUGGACUGAUUGGAGGACUCGGUUUGCAAAUGACGUUCUUGUCUGCCAUUAUUGUAGUAAGUUUCUACUUUGAAAAGUGGAGAGCUUUAGCACAAUCAAUCAUGUCGUGCGGAUCAUCUAUGGGAGUAACGUUGUUUCCGCUGAUCUUUGGAAUUCUGUUGAGUAAUCAAACUUGGAGAGUCAAGUUUAAAGUUAUGUCGGGCUGUGGACUACUAUGUUCUUUCUGUGCGUUAACUUUUCGCCCAUUGAUUCCAGUACGAGUCGUCGAAGAGCAAAAGGUUUUGGAGACGAUAAAAGAAUUGCCAGAUGAACACGAUCUUACUGAAACAUCAAGUUUUAGCAAUUCUGAGUACACCACGGCUUCAGAUCGAAGUACGUCAAAAAUAAUGUUGCACCCGACGGAUCAAUCGUCGACUUCAUUUUUCAUUAAAUCGGUUAGUCCAGCAGCAAGUGCAUCGGUGUACACUAUUCAAAGUCAGACUAAAUCCAAAACUUCAAACGUAUCGAAAAUUAAAGGCUCUGUAAAUAAGCUAAUGACUGUUCUGGAAGAAGGCGAGUAUACUAAUCUUUCGUGUCGAGACAGAAUCGUUCUAACCUACCAACGGUUAUGCUUAUCUACUACGCCCGCACGGCCAUUAUGCAGGGAUGACAUCUUUUAUCCCGCCUCUUUAUCUACGUUACCCGAAUACGUUAAAUCUGGCCAACUGCAAAUUUCUAGACCCAACAGUAAAGGAAACAUUGGCUAUCAUCUUUCUGUUACAAGAGUUAGUGCCAAAGAUAAGAAAUCCCACACACCUUAUUGCUUCUGGUUUCCGAAGAUAGCUACAAGAAUGGUGGAUUUCAGCCUGUUAAAAUCUCCGUCUUUCAUCUUGAUAUCAUUUAGCGGACUAUGUACAGUCUUAGGCCUGUACACUCCAUUUAUGUUCAUUGUUCAAAGAGCCGAAACAAACGGAAUAGAUCGCAACAUAGCUUAUCAUUUAAUAACGGCAAUUGGCUUAGCAAAUACCAUGGGGCGAAUAGCAAGUGGAAUGUUGUCAACCUUCUAUCGAAUAAACACCCUUUUGACGUCAUAUGACUUGCUAUAGCCCUUCGUCCGUUAAUUAUUGUCGAAAUGGUUGGAUUGAAAA